AUGCGGUCGGAGAAGACCUUCAAGCAGCGCCGUACCUUCCAACGAAGAGUAGAAGAUGUCCGACUCAUUCUAGCGCAGCAUCCAACCAAAAUCCCAGUGAUAAAAGAACGAUAUAAGGGUGAGAAGCAGCUUCCUGUCCUGAAUAAAAGGUUCCUUGUACCUGACCAGGUCAACAUGAGUGAGCACAUCAAGAUAAUUACAAAGCGCUUACAUCUCAAUGCUACUCAAGCCUUCUUCCUGUUGGUGAACGGACACAGCAUGGUGAGCGUCUCCACACCAAUCUCAGAGGCGUAUGAGAGUGAGAAUUAUGAAGAUGGAUUCCUGUAUAUGGUCUAUGUCUCUCCCAGGAGACAUUUGGGAUGA